GCGAGAAGGAAGCCACCCCACCCCCCCGUUUGGUGUGUCGCGCCGCCCACCCCACCCCCACCGCCCCAUCCAUCCUCCCUCUUCGCCGAUCGGCUCAGCGGCCGUUGAUCGGCCAUGCGGAUCCGGAAAUGCGCCGCCCGGCUGCUGGGGACGCCGCCCGUCUGCUCUUCUCCCCCGCUUCCCGCCGGCCUCGCCUCGUCUCCCUCGCCGCCGCCGCAGCCGCGAUCGUGGGAGUCCGAGACAUCCUCUGCCGCCGCCACCUCCUCCUCCGUCGGGCUCCUCUGUGAGCUGAACCGCUCCCCCUGGGAUGAUUUGUUGUGCCUCGACCUCAUGGCUUCUUGUGAUCAGGAAGAGGAGGAGGAAGACGGGGGCAGCUUGGGAAAUGGCGUAAAAGACGAAGUCGAAGAAUCCAAGGGCAUUAUGGGGAAUCGCAUCAAAUAUGAGGCUGCUGCUGUAGCUUCUCUCCCUGACAGCGAAGCGAGCAUGAACCGGUUAGACGGCAAGGCAGAAGGGAAAGCACGGAAGAAGGUCACGGCGAAGGUGAAGAGGAAGAAGAAAGACAAGGUUAUCAAUACCAGUGGAGGAACUGCUGCAGUUAUGAAGGGCAGUGCGAACUGCAAGAAGAGCGACGGCAAAGGUUGGCACUGUAAGCGGCCUGCGCAGCACCCGCACUCCCUCUGCCGCUACCAUCUCUCCCAGCUUCGCUCUUACAGCUGCACCCAUAGCAAUGGAAAGGUCGCGGAAUCGGUGAAGGAAGGCGCUGUCGGCGUCGCUGGUAGAAAGAGGAAGACCGACAUAGCUGGUGUUGAUUCCAACUUCUAUUACUACUACUCCGGGUUCGGUCCCUGGCGAGGAAAGAUGAGAGGCGGUAGCAGUGACAACGGCGAUCAGUGUGACCAUAAUGCUUCCGACGAAGACGACGGGAACGAGUAUUCGGAGUCCGGGAACGGGUAUGACGCUGCGGUGGCAGGCGACGACCAGGACAGCGACGACGAAGACUGCUUUAACGACGGCGGCAGUGAGGGGAAUAAGAGGAGUUGCAGGAAGAGGGGGAGGAGGAAGAUGAAAGCUCGGUCCCUCAAGUCGUUGCUUUGAUGUACGUCUUGACGUUGUUUCGUUGAACCGUGUUUCCUCGAGAUAUGGAUUAAGAAUCUUUUUGCA